AUGUAUUACCAGAUCAGAGCCAAGGCCUGGGAGGAUACUGCCAUCCCUGCUUCCCAUAACAUUCCCCAGGCAACAUGCUUUGCCCCAAACGUUAGGGAGUCCAGCACUCCAUACGCUGCCCAGCAUAAGGGGUGCCGCUGCUUCGUGGAGCCAUCAACGCCCUGUGCCAACCAAGCCAGCUGCAUUGGGUGCUUCCCCGACAGUUGCGGCAGAAGACAGAGCAAGUCCUCUGCCUGUGGUUGCCGCUGCUUCACGGUAACGUCAACGAUGGCCGUUGUCAUCAGUCGCAAGUCCUCUGACUGUGGUUGUCACUGCUUUACAGCCACGUCAACAACAACCGUCAUCACCAAUCACUAAGUCAUCUAACUGGGUUGCAAAAGACAAGAAAAAAAAGGAAACCUCGGCCAUGUCAG